AUGCGCGACUGGAUGUUCAAUCUGAGGAUUGGUUCGUUCCAGUAUGACAUCAUAGGAAGCUUGGCACUCUCAGAGGAAGACGGUUGUUCAGGCUACUUUGGUCGAGUGCUUCCACCUCCAUGCGACUGCAAUCCACUGCUCGAUUCCAAUGAGAUCGUCCGCGCUGUUCCAGACUUCUUACAGCUGGUUUUGUCAUUUGGAGGAUAUCGCCAUAUAGCAGCCAAUUUUGACCUCCUUGACAGGCUCCUAACGUUUGGCACUAUCAUUGAUCUCACAAAACCUGAAAUCCUUGCGUUCUUUCCUUCCAUACCAUCUCCUGUGUGGUCCUGUGCUUCUUUUGGUACUUCCGACAUCACUGCCAAGUUUUCGAAUUCAGCCCCUUCCCUAAUUGAUCUCACUUUCGCGAGGAAUAGCAAUAAAUGGAGGAUGACUAUUCAGUUCUCAUUACUACUACCAUUAGAGGCCCGACUUUGGACUGCCUACCUCGUGCAGUCAUUCCCCUUCUACAAAGAUCAUGCCCUCGAUUUCCAUAAUUUGGUCUUCCUUGAUGAGCUUGGCUUUAAACUCACAGGGACUUUCACGACUGAUCCUUCAAGUUACCAUCCACCAAAAUAUCUACAUGUCCCGCCUCUUUCCGUUGAAUGGAUCAACAAUAUGCCCUGCUUUUACUGGCCACCGAACCGAUGCUAUUACUGGUCCUUUGACUGUGGUGGGAAGAUGGAGAUUGAGGAAGAGGACUGGGCGAGGUAUGGAAUCCCAAACUUGGAAGUAGUGGCCUUUGCUGGGUCAAUAUGGCGUCAGGAGGAGUAUGAGGCAACCCGGGAGUAUCUUCAUCUUAACAAGUAUGACCCGGGUGGUCAACAGUUUGCCAAUGAUCAUGGGUAUCCGAUUCUAGUCGUAGGUGACCCUCACAUCCUGUCGAAACCACCUCAGGCUGGAGUUUGA